CUAUGCCAGGCUAUUUUCAUGGUUUACAGUUACACGAACAGACGACCUUAUUCGAUAUUUAAUUUGUAAAAUAAUUUUAGGUUUUAACCUUCCGGGUCCGUUUACGGAGGGUUUCCGUGGGAUAAACCCAGGUGGUAAAACCAGUCCUUAACAUUUAAAUGGCAAACAGAACGGAGAGGAGUUAUUGUAUGUGUACUUUUCGUGGGUACCAUUUCCACCUUGUUUUAAAUUUAAAAUAGUUUCCAACGUAAAACAUUUAAACCAACAAGACGGAAGUAGUGUGACCUUGUGAAUUGGAUGUACAGACAACUACUAUCUGCUAUAUUUGUAAGUCUGCGUUGACUUGUAACGGUUCAUGGCGGAGACAAACACGCAGUAAGCGUCCUUUAAAAAUGUCGACGAUGACAGAAGUGGUGAUCCUGGCCUAUAUUGUUGUAUGUUUACUGCCAGAGUCUGCCACUCACGCUGGACACGAGGAAGUCAGUCAUCCCUUUCUCUCGAGGUCAAUGGCAAUGUCCUUCAUUCCGAAAGCUCACUGGAUACAUCGCCGGACCGCAUCCUCGUGUCAAAACGAUGAAGGUUACUGCGAGAAAAACAAAAUGGAAUGUAUGACUUAUGUUGAAUCCAACCGCGAACACUUCUGUAAACCAGACCCGUGUUCAAGUGGAUCCACAUGCUACCUGUCUACACCCUGCCCCGCCCACUUCACGCAAGGAUGUACAGAAAAUGCUUGUCUUGGUCUGCCUUGUGAACAUGGGGCGACCUGUUCCCGCCAACCAGGGUCCAAUUUCACGUGUUUAUGUACAUCCGGUUUUUAUGGCGACACUUGUGAAUACGUUGACGCCUGCCAUAGUGUCCCUUGUGUAAAUGGCGGAACAUGUGACCGGGACGCGAACAGCUUUAACUGUGCCUGUACAAACAGAUACCAAGGAACUACUUGUGAAAUAGAUUGCAGGCCUGGGCCGGCAGAUAUCCUGUUCAUUAUCGAUGCCUCGUUAAGUACGGAGAAACAUUUCAACGAUUCAAAAGCAACUGUCACGGCAAUCAUCAAUAAGUUACCUAUAGGAGCCGAUGAUUUUCAAAUAGCAGUCAUGAAAUAUUCAUUUGAUGCAACCAUGGAGUUUUCCUUCAGUACCUACACAGACAAAGCAGAUUUGGUUUCCGCCAUUGAUAACAUAUCACCUAUCAUGGGACCCUCCUACCUCGACAAGGCCUUAGACAAGGCGAAGGAGGUAUUUGGUAUUUCGUCAUCCUUUGGGGCUCGAGCACAGGUGUUUCAGUACCUAAUUAUAGUCUCUGACGGGCUUUCUACUCUGAGAACGGAAGCAGUAAAAGACGCUCAAACAUUGAAAAAUCGAGGAAUUAAAGUUCUAACCGUUGGGAAUGGAGAGCAAGUCGAUCAGACUGAACUGCUCCAGUUAGCUACAGCUAGCCAAUAUGUAUUUUCAGGAGGCAAGGAGGAUGAUACCACAAAUGUCAUCCUUAUAGAGACCGUGAACACUAGCUGUACAGAUUGUUUACUCAACACAAUGACGGACAUGGUGUUUGUGGUUGAUAUUUCUAAGCAUCAGACUGUUCUACAACAAACGCUGGAUGCACUUAAGGACCUGAUAUACAAAGCACUGGACUAUAACCCAAAUACUCAAGUCGGCAUGGUCACGUUCGACUUGACCGCUACAUUAAAGUUUAACCUUAAUCAAUAUACAGAUCGAGACAAGAUCCUUCUCAACAGCCAGAUUGGUCUUGCAACGACAAACCAAAAGUCAAAUAUAACCGCUGCCUUAACGUUUGUCCGUGAGAAUGGGUUUAAUAGCAAUCGGCCGAACUCCCGGAAAAUGUUAGUGGUGUUCUCUAACAAGGGCUGGACUGACGUGGAUGGUAUCUUACGAGAGAGGCAGGCUCUCAAUAUGGACAAUGUGUUAGUGGUAUUUGUUUCCGUUGGAAGAUCAGCAGACCUUGUUACUGUAUAUACUGUAGCAGAGCGAGUUAGUGACGUGUAUUUUAUAGAACAGGACGCCGAUUUAGUUCGAUUUAACGCUCUUGUAGCACAGACAACGCACGUGGAAUGUCCCUUCGAUAUUUUUGACAUUCGAAAGUAGACUAUUAAAAGGUUAUAUAAAUAAUAGUACAUGUAGCUGAUCGAAAUUGGGUUAUCUCUGUCUGCAACACAUUAUAUUACAGAAUCUUAGCCAGAUACUGAAAUAACCCGAAGUCGCUUAGUUACAGGUAAUUCUUUUGCACUUUUUGUUCGGAAAAAUAUUUAAUUCGUUAUCAUCUACAAGUAUCCCGUCCGGGGUCUAAACAAUAUGGCCUCAUCACUACUAAAGCUAUGUUUGAAUGCUUCCGCGUAAACAAUGCAAUCCGACCUCACAAAGAAGAAAACGUACAUUGCAAAUUGUAUUUUAUCAACAGCAUCAGGAAUCUAACAGCAUAAUUUGCGUUAGCGCGCGAAUGAAUUACAUCGCUUCGUGAAAAUUCCGGGAAAUAUCGCGUGAAGGUGCCAGAGAGAUCGGACAGUAAGAAAGAUCUGUCCCUGUCUGAGAUGCAAGAAUACAUUGUCUGUUUAUGUUACUUACAUAACAUGCCAUUUCGUAUCUCAUUACAUUUACCAUCAGUUUACCCUGAUUUUCAAUAUUGAUAUGAUGCAGUAAUGCCAAUGAAGGCGAUUUUAAAAAGCAAUAUUAUUUCAUAAUUUGAGUAUUUUUUGUUAGAAUGCAUGUGUAUAUACAUAGCCCAACUUUAAUACGUAUUUAUAUAUUUGUUAUAUGAGCUGGGUUUGGAUAGUGGGGUAUACUCGAGCAGAUAUAACUCUUCGUAUGUUGAUAUUGGAACUCUUCAAUGUUUAUACAACUAAAGGCGUCAUGGAAUAUCACACUAACAUUGAUAAUGAAUUUAGUUGACUGAUUUGUGUCUAUAUCCUUCUACGCUGCUAUUGCAGCAUCCUCAAUAUCCAAGGGUUACGCCCACUUUCGCUCUCUGCACCACUGAAAUA